AUGGGAGAAGAACCAGAGCUCCGGCAGCCAAAGAACCAUCAGGAAGAGGACACAUUCAGAGACCAGGGAUUUGCUGAGAAGUACCCUGAGGGUCUCCUUUGCAGCACCAAGAGCUUGCCAGGACGUCUGGUCUGGGUACCCUGGCUCCUGCUGUUUCUCAUCUCUUUGGGCCUCUUUAUACUCAUGUUGGCCACUUUGGUUCAAGUUUCCAGGAUUCGUGGACACCCACAGAGACAGGCCCAGGAUCAUCAGGGGAGCUCCAGCUUGGUUGCUGCUCCUCAGGAACAGACAUACUCUGGCUUGGAGCAGAUCCAACAGCGGCUUACUCAGAUCAAUGCCUCGCUGGGUGCCCUGUGCCGGCCCUGUCCCUGGGACUGGAAGCACUUCCAGGGAAGCUGCUACCUCUUCUCCAGGACCCUGGGCAGCUGGGAAGCCUCCACCUCCUCCUGCCAGGAUCUUGGGGGCCACCUGGUAAUUGUCAACAGUACUGCAGAGCAGCUAUUCCUCAAAUACUGGCACAGCCGAAAGAAUGAACUCACCUGGAUCGGCCUCAGUGAUCACAGACGUGAAGGUUCCUGGCAGUGGGUGGAUGACACCCCACUCAAACUCAGCUUCUGGAAAGAGGAACAGCCGGACAACGCAGGGGAUGAGGACUGCGUGGAACUGAUAGAAGACAAAUGGAAUGACAAAAAAUGCACCGCAAACAACUUCUGGAUCUGUGAGCAGCCCUCGGCACCCUGCCCUGCUCACUGAGGGUCUGUGCUCCCCUAGUCAUGCGACCCACUUGGGGGCGCUCUGCUCCAGCUCCAACCACCUCAUUGGUCCCCAGUGUCCCUGUUCCCAGCACUCUGAGAUCCUGGCAGAAUCUCUGACACACCCUCCCCUGCAGCUCUUCCCU